AAUUUAAUUCGAGAUCAGACAAGAAUCCUUUCUAUAAUCCUUUUCCUCCAAAGUAACCUACUUUGAAGAAUUUCCUGAAUUUGCAUAGAAUUUUUUUCGUGUAUUUGUAGAAGAGAAAAAGUGUUUCAAUCUCAUUCAUUUCAGUGAGAAAGAAACGUUUUUUGUGUACUUGCUCUGAUUGAUUGUUUGCCAUUUUAUCGAUUGAGUACUUUACAUUUAGCCUUGUAGUAUUUUUUUCUAACUUAAUUACACAUUAUAUUAUUUAGAUAGAGAGAGAAUAAGUGAAAAAGACACACAUUGACGUCGGAGCGUGUGUGCCAUUUUCCUUAUUUGGCAAAAGUAUCUCAAUUUCCGAAUUUUUGAAGGAAAAUAUCUCAUUUUUUACACGACAAAAAUACAAGAAAAUCUUAAUUUAUUAAUUUAUUGAUAAAUUAGGGUACAAGUGACCCACUUUAGAUCAGUUUAGAGGGGAGAGAAUUUUUCUAGGAAAAAAAAAUCUAAGAAUGGCUGUCUAUUCAAAACACUACAUACCUGACAUCAUUAGGUUAAAACGCUAAAAAUGUUUGUCUAGAAACCUCUAGAGGUGUGAUAUAUUUUUGUUCUUAAUUUUUUUAGCGUCAAGAAAAUAGUAGAUUUCUCAACCACUAUUUUCCGAUUUUCUAAGUUGACAUAAAAAAACGUGAAGUUGUAAUUAAUCUAUCCAGUUUUUUCCCAUUGUUGUCAAGAAUUGUAUAAUUUUUCUUUCCAAACACUUCAGUCAAUUUGGUCCAAAUAUAACAAAAAAAAAGAUUUUCUUGUGGAGGCAGAAUUUGUAUUUCUUCAACUUACGUAGAGUGUUGUAAAAGAGGCAUUAGAUUUAUUUGUACAACUACUACAGCUGUCAUUUGAGAAAGAAAAAGAGAGAGAGAAACUCAAGUAUUUGAUCCAUUAGCAAUUUUCCUAUUAUCCUUCCACAAUCCAACAACUUGUCCUGAAAAAAGCAAACAUCCAACAACAAAAGCCUUCUGAUUCUCAACCAUAGUGCAGAAGACUACGGCACAAGACCACACAAGCUAAGAGACAGAAAAAAGAGACUCUUAAGAGAAGAAUAUCCCGAAAAAAGAGGGAGAGUCGCAUUAAAAAAGAAAGGAGUAAAUCAGAGAAGCAAACAUGGAACCACUGAGUGUGGCAUUGCUGUGGCUGGUCAUCGUGGGCUUCGUGAUUGCCUUUGUCCUGGCAUUUGGAAUUGGCGCCAAUGAUGUUGCGAACUCGUUUGGCACCAGCGUUGGAUCCAAAGUUCUGACCCUCCGUCAGGCCUGCUGGCUGGCAACAGUGUGCGAAAUUUCGGGCGCAGUUCUAAUUGGCUACAAGGUGUCUGACACGGUGAGGAAAGGCAUUCUCGACGUGACCAUGUACGAGGGUGCGGAGAAGGAGCUGAUGUUUGGAUGCGUCGCUGCACUGACGAGCAGUGCUGUGUGGCUCCUUGUGGCAACAUUCCUUAAACUCCCCAUUUCCGGGACUCACAGCAUCGUGGGAUCGACAAUUGGCUUCAGUUUGGUGGCACGCGGCUUUCAAGGUAUCAACUGGGCAACAUUGGGCACCAUUGUUGCUUCCUGGUUUGUGUCGCCCGUGCUGAGUGGUCUGGUUAGUACGAGUCUCUUCUGGUUCAUGCGCAAGUUCAUUAUCACCGUGGAGAAUCCACUGAGAGCUGGCCUCUUGGCGCUUCCAAUCUUCUACGGACUCACUAUCUUCGUCAAUGUCUUCAGUAUCGUGCACGAUGGGCCCAAAUUGCUGUACAUGGACAACAUCCCCACAUGGUUGGCUGUUGUUGCGAGUAUUGCUGUGGGACUCCUUGUGGCCGUGAUCGUGCAAGUGUUUCUCGUUCCACUUCAGCGUCGUCGCAUUCUGGGCAUCCCGAAACCAUCAAAGAAGCCCGUCACUUUCACCUUUGGCGAUUCAGAUGACAAGAAGAAAUUCACCAUGCGUUUUUCUGUCCCCACAACAAUAGCUGAAUCCUCACCGGGUGGCAGUCCGAAGCGCGGCAAACGCCCACUGUAUCUCGUGUGUGAUGGCAAGCAAUUGCCCGCCAUCACAGAGACCACAGAGCUCGUUUCCCUCACGAAUGGCGGCUGCUCACCACAGCCCAAGAUCUUCUCUGACGCCAAUCUGAGCAAGCACUGCGACCUCAAUGGCUUCUCGAAGGGGACAGCCAAUGGCAACUACAAGAUCGAUCCCAGUAUCAUUAAGCGAGCGGAGAAUCUGCUGGGAAAGACCAGCUUGGACAACACGGAUCUCACCAUCACCAGUCUCAACUACAUUGAUGAGUACCAGAACGGCCUGUCCAAGAGCCCGCCCACGACAAAUGCGAUCAAGGAGCAGGAAAUGGUUGAUCUGUCACCUCAAAAGAAAGACUAUCUUGAGGUUGAAGGCGUUAAAGUUGAUCCCACGAAGAAGGAUCUGAGCACAGUGGAGAGCGGAGGAAGCCUCGAUCAUAUGAUUUCCACCACAAUCUCACCCAAUUCAAGUCGAGUCCCUCUGAUUGCUGGCGGCGCCAAUGCCGAAGAAGGUGGACCAAUCAAGGCGAAUGAGCCAAAGGACGUCUCUCAGCUAUUCUCGUACCUUCAAGUUCUCACGGCCACAUUCGGAAGUUUUGCCCACGGAGGAAAUGACGUGAGCAAUGCCAUUGGACCCCUCAUUGGCCUCUAUUUGAUCUACAAGGAUGGCUCAGCACUGCAGCACUCCGAAACGCCCCUCUGGCUUCUCGUCUAUGGUGGCGUGGGCAUUGCUGCGGGAUUGUGGAUUUGGGGACGUCGUGUUAUUCAGACCGUUGGAAAUGAUUUGACUAAAAUCACGCCGACAACGGGCUUCACCAUUGAAAUUGGAGCCGCCCUGACGGUGCUGCUGGCGAGCAAGAUUGGCCUUCCCAUCUCCACGACACACUGCAAAGUGGGUUCUGUGGUGUUUGUCGGCUAUGCCAACACGUCCAACUCGUGCCGAACACCCACAGCGGAUGAUGAGGGCGCAGCCAGGGAGAAGGCGGUGGACUGGAGUCUGUUCCGGAACAUCGUGUACGCCUGGGUGAUCACCGUUCCCAUUGCCGCUGCCCUCAGUGCUGGCCUUAUGUUUCUGCUCGUGACGACAUUGCUGUGAAGUGGCGGAGGCGCAGAGAGAUGAGCUGAGCUGACAUUUCAAUCGUCUAAUGAGCGCGCAGGAGAGAGAAUGAGAACUAAUGAUAUUUAACUUAAUGCCUAUUAAGCGCAAAAACAAUUACUUAAAAACUUUGUUUUCGAAGAUAGUCAUCCGCAGUUUGUGUGGAUGUCUCACAAUAUACUUUAGAUGGAUUGAGAGUGCAGGGGAGAUAGAGAGUAUCGGCAGCAGAGCGCGGCAUUUGUUCGACAAGAAGCAAAAGACAAGAACGAUGCAGCAUCAAAUGGUUUCUUUCAAUUUUUAUACUUAAUCUAUUAACACGUAAAGAAAAUAUUUGUUUAUUGUACAAUUAAGACCACUUAAUUUAAUCGCUGUGCGAAACAUUUUGAGACAGUAAAUAAAUUAAAAAAAAAAAAGUUUUGUGUUAGAAAAAUUACAAAAAUGAAUGUGAGCUGAAAUUUUGCCAAUUCUAACACACAUGCAUUUUAGAACGCUCCGUCGUAGUUAGACAUUUUUUCUUUGAUCAAGGAUAAGAUAGUGCUUAUCAAUCAUUUUUUCUUUCACAUAUUAUCCCAGUGGUAGAAGUGAAUUUAAAUUAAUCUUCAAAAUGAAGAAUUUCUGUAGUGACGCUAAAAGUGAUAUAUAAAUUCGUAUUGAACAAACAAACUAAAAUUGAAGCAAAAAAGAAAACCUCUCUCACGAAAGACAGAAUUUUAAGUGAAAUUGAAAGGAAGAAAAAAAAUUGUUGCUGAUUAAUUUCUCUGUCUUUCUCAUGAUUCGCGUACGAUUUGUUUUCUACUCUAAGGAUUCCUCUAUGUUGAUGCCUAUAAUACUUUGUCAUAUAUAGAAAAAAAAAGAAUAAAAUGAUACUGUAGUAGAGUAUACAAGAAAAACAAUGUAGUGAGUGAAGAAAAAAGAAUGCAUCAAUGCUCUUGAGAAGUAAUAAAAAAGAAUACAUUUUACAAGGAAUUACCAUCAAAUUGAAUGUUGACAGAGUCUACAAUAUAUUUUUAUAUGUCUCUAAUUCCUCAUUGAAAAAAAACAUCCAAACAAUUUCUUAAAUAAUUUCCCCCGACAAGAGAAGAAAGUAGAACACAUCUACAAAAAAGAUCCUUUCAAAAAUAAAACAAUUACAACUGAA